UCUUGAAAUCUCCAGCGCACGUGGUGGGGGGGGACACCCCAGUACCCUCGCCCUCCCCCAGGCAGCUGGGCAGCCCUCGGGAAAGGGGACACUUCCCACCCCUCGGGGGGGGGGCGCUCGUGGCCCCGGCCCCAGCGCAGGCGGGUUCCCCAGACCGGCAGGGAGCAGAGGCCCGGGGGUCCCGAAGCAGGCGGGCACGGGAAGGGCGGGCCCGGACCUGGAGUACGGGAAGUUUGGCCAGGGAGGGGGAGUGACUUCGCUCUCGGCUAGGGCGCCACCCACCUCGCCGGCCCUGCCCCUCCGCCGGUGCCAAGGAAUGUGCCGGAGCGCGGGGGAGCUUGGCGGCGCGCAAGUCUGGGCUGGGGGUGCGGGCUCCGGAGGGACAGGGCCUGGGGGCCCCGAGGCACAAGUGUGGCCUCAGAAGGGCCCGGCCAGCCCUGGAUUCCUUGCCCUACUGGCUGGUAUCCUGCUCCUUCAGGAAUUUUCCCCGAGGGCGAGAGUUACGGCGCGCGGUGCGGUGCUGCGGUCUACGAGCGUGCUGCUGGGGGUGCCCGGCCGCCGCCUGCCGCUGCCUCGGAGAACAGGCUGUCCCCGGUGGGGCAGGACUGGGAGGGAGGCCUGGGGACAGCUCCCGUGCACCGAGCCCAUCAGCCGUGACCGAGGUUGCCCCGGAGCCAGUGACCAGGGGUCUCCGCUGGGGCCGGUGCCCGAUGCCCGAUUCGCCUCCGUCUGUUCCAGGUGUUCUGGGAAGACGGCAUCAUGUCCGGCUACCGCCGCCCCACCAGCUCGGCCGUAGACUGCGUGCUUAGCUCCUUCCAGAUGACCAACGAGACGGUCAACAUCUGGACGCACUUCCUGCCCACCUGGUACUUCCUGUGGCGGCUGCUGGCGCUGGCCGAGGGCCCGGGCGGCGCGGAGCCGUACCGCCGGCCGCUGCUCGUCUUCCUGCUGCCCGCCUGCCUCUACCCCUUCGCGUCGUGCUGCGCGCACACCUUCAGCUCCAUGUCGCCCCGCGCGCGCCACAUCUGCUAUUUCCUGGACUACGGCGCGCUCAGCCUCUACAGCCUGGGCUGCGCCUUCCCCUACGCCGCCUACUCCAUGCCGGCCUCCUGGCUGCACGGCCGCCUGCACCGGCUCUUCGUGCCUGCCGCCGCGCUCAACUCCUUCUUGUGCACCAGCCUCUCCUGCUACUCCCGGUUCCCGGAGCUAGAAAGCCCGGGGCUCAGUAAGGUCCUGCGCACAGCUGCCUUCGCCUACCCCUUCCUGUUCGACAACCUCCCACUCUUCUACCGGCUCGGGCUAUGCUGGGGCAGGACCCACAGCUGUGGGCAGGAGGAGCUGAGCCCCAGCCACGGCUACCACCUCCUGUGCGCACUGCUCACUGGCUUCCUCUUCGCCUCCCACCUGCCUGAGCGGCUGGCACCUGGGCGCUUUGACUACAUUGGCCACAGCCACCAGCUGUUCCACAUCUGUGCCGUGCUGGGCACCCACUUUCAGCUGGAGGCGGUGCUGGCCGACAUGGGAGCGCGCCAAGCCUGGCUGGCCACACAGGAGCCACCCCUGGGCCUGCAGGGCACUGUGGCCACCUUGGGCCUGGCGGUGGCUGGGAACCUGCUCAUCAUUGCUGCCUUCACAGCCGCUCUGCUUCGGGCCCCCAGAACCUGCCUCCUGCUGCAGGGCAGCCCCCCAGACGGGGGAGCCCAAGUCAAAGAGCAGUAAGGCCCUUCCGGAGCCCAGCCGGAGGGCAGCAGAGGCCAGGCCCCGGGCUGCGCCUGGAAGCAGAGUGGCUGAACAGGGAGAGGGCACAGGACGCGGGCACCCAGGGCAUCCGCAGAGAGGGCCGUGGGGGUCGGGAUGUGCUGAGGGUCUGCGAGGGGAGAUGCAUAUGUCCAGGCCCCACUCUGGUGCU